GUUCAGAUAACGAGGGUGACGUCUUAUCCAUCCUCUUUCCACCACUACGGUUGGGAGUCCUCUUCGCUCCGCUCUUCGCUUGCAUCGUGAGGGAGGGCUUCGAUCCAUCGACCGAUGGGAACUCUCCCGAGCUCGGCGGCGGUGGCGCUCCUCAACCCCAGUUCUCUACCUCGUCUGCAGCUGGCCGGCGGCGGCUUCCGUUACCGGAGGAACCUCGUCGCGAUCAGAAGGAAUUCGAGACAGAGCUGCUGUUGUGUCUUCAAGGAGAGAAAAGAGAUUCCAGAUGGUGAAGCAACAAUGUGGACCGUAGUCUUGAAGACUGGAAAAGAGUUUACAAGCCUAUCUUCCAAUGAUCAGACUAGAAGCAACACUAAUCUAUUACAAUGGCUAUGUGCACUUUCAUGUGGAGCUACAUCAUGGUUGAGUUCUGUUGAAGUAGCACAAUCGAGCGAAGGAACAAAAAUGGACAUGAUUUAUGAGAUUGGGGAAUUAUUCGAACUGGGAAUCCAGUUGUCGUAUUUGCUUGUGUUAUUAGGUCUUCUUGGAGUUGGGACUUUCUUUGUCAUUCGUCAAGUCCUUGUUCGUCGGGAGCUUGACCUUUCUGCCAAAGAAUUGCAAGAGCAAGUCCGAAGUGGUGAUGCAACAGCAACAGAAUAUUUUGAACUUGGUGCUGUUAUGCUUAGGAGAAAGUUCUACCCAGCAGCUACCAAAUAUUUGUUGCAAGCAAUUGAGAAAUGGGAUAGAGAAGAUCAGGAUCUAGCUCAGGUGUAUAAUGCUCUUGGAGUGAGUUACAUCCGAGAUGACAAACUGGACAAAGGUAUUGCACAAUUCGAGAAGGCAGUGAAGCUUCAACCCGGCUAUGCCACCGCAUGGAACAACCUAGGCGAUGCAUAUGAAAAGAAAAAGGACCUGAGAGCUGCUCUAAAAGCAUUUGAGGAGGUGCUUCUUCUUGAUCCAAACAACAAGAUAGCACGGCCACGACGAGAUGCCUUGAGAGAACGUGUCCGAUUGUACAAGGGAGUCUCAAUCAAAUCAGAAGAGCGAUGAUUCUGUUUCGGUUGCCUGUCAUCACGAUAAUUUAAAUUUUGGUAUCACCAUAAUGCCUUGAGAGAGCAGCAAGUUCAAUCAUGGAAGAAGUCUACUCAUAGGAGUGAUGUGGUUCUCCGUGGCUUGCAUGUAUCAUCGAUGAUCUGAUUUUGAGGACUGAUCUGGCCAAGUAGUUUACCCCUUUAAGGUGAGAAAAUUUAUCGUUUACUCCAAAUGUUGUCAUUAUACUUGUAAUCCUGCCUCGAGUCAUAUCAGAUUUGAGCAUUCCUUAAGCCAAGCUUUGAACUAAGAAUCUUAUUACACCGUGACUAUCUUUUAACUUGCAUUCACUUUGUUCCUCUCUAGGAAAAAAAAAUCAAGAAAUAUGUGAUUGGUUUA